CUCUAAUGUGAAUGAAACUACCAAGCUUUGGUAUUUACUAGUACACAACUUGUGUGAUCGAAUUUGAUGGCUUGUUGCUUUUGUACUUUGUGUUGGGAUGGCGUGAUUCAUUCCUCUGUUUUCGUUGUGAAUUUCAAAAAAGAAAAGGAAAUGCAGACCGUGUAUUUCUAGGUAUUACAUUGUGGGUAUAAUUCAGAAUUUUCCCCCCAAGGAUCUUAACUUCAUUAUUUUAAAAUUGCUGCGAUAAAAUUUUUCAGAGUUUCUAAAAUAAUUGAGGGCUGUCUUUAGACAAGACUGUUUAUGAACAGAGAAAUAAGAUCGGAGGUGACGGGGCGGGCAAUUAGCAGCGCGUCUUCAGGAUUAGCCCAGAAGGUGACGUGAAGUAUUCUUACUGUGUUCCUUUAUUUUUGUGGGCUUUGUGUCAUGACCUCUUCGUUUUUCUUCCAUUCCAACAUCUGCUGGCUUUUAAGUGGAAUCAUUUCUUUGGUAUUUUCAGUGUUUGAGAGUUGUUCUGCACAUACCCAGCUAUUGUUCCCAAGCAACUGACUGGGUCAAAUUUAGGAUUGAGCUCUCAUGCUGUGACCUUAAUAACCAUCCCUUUUUGGCUUUAAAAUAGGACUUGUAAUUGAUUUCAUUGUUCUUUGUUCUUCUUCUUUUUUUUCUCCCUAAAACAGGCUGCAGAUACUUUGGCUGUGAGGCAAAAAAGAAGAAUUUAUGAUAUCACCAAUGUCUUGGAAGGAAUUGACCUAAUUGAAAAAAAGUCAAAAAACAGUAUACAAUGGAAAGGUGUAGGUGCUGGCUGUAAUACUAAAGAAGUCAUAGAUAGACUAAGAUACCUUAAAGCUGAAAUUGAAGAUCUAGAACUGAAGGAAAGAGAACUUGAUCAGCAGAAGUUGUGGCUACAGCAGAGCAUCAAAAACGUGAUGGACGACUCCAUUAAUAACAGAUUUUCCUAUGUAACUCAUGAAGACAUCUGUAAUUGCUUUAAUGGUGAUACACUUUUGGCCAUUCAAGCACCUUCUGGUACACAGCUGGAGGUACCUAUUCCAGAAAUGGGUCAGAAUGGACAAAAGAAAUACCAGAUCAAUCUAAAGAGUCAUUCAGGACCUAUCCACGUGCUGCUUAUAAAUAAAGAAUCCAGCUCAUCUAAGCCCGUGGUUUUCCCCGUUCCCCCACCUGAUGACCUCACACAACCUUCCUCCCAGCCCUCGACUCCGGUGACCCCACAGAAAUCCAGCCCGGCAACUCAGAACCUGCCUGAGCAACACGUCCCCGAGAGAAGCCAGAAUGUUCAGCAGACACCGGCCACAGACUUAUCUUCAGCAGGAUCUAUUAGUGGGGAUAUCAUUGAUGAGUUAAUGUCUUCUGAUGUGUUUCCGCUCUUACGGCUUUCUCCGACCCCGGCCGAUGACUACAACUUUAAUUUAGAUGAUAAUGAAGGAGUUUGUGAUCUGUUUGACGUCCAGAUACUAAAUUAUUAGAUUCCAUGGAAACUUGGGACUAUUAUCUACCUCUAACUGUGUAACAUUUUAGACUUCUUAAUAACCUAAGUAUUUAAAAUAAUGAAUGUAACUCCUUUUUAGUUCACUGAUUCUGACGUGUUCUUCCCUAAUACUUUCUUUUUUUACUUCACAAAACUUCAACCAUAAAAACAAAGGGCUCUGAUUGCUUCAGGGGAAAAAGUGAUUGCCUAGCCACCAACCCCCACCUUCAAAGUCAUUACAUUCUAGAAUUUCAACUUUUCUUCCAAUUCUGAAUCCUUCUGUUUUUUCCUCAUAUGAGAGGAAAGUUAAAGUAGACUUAAGGUCAUCAAAAAAAAAAAAAA